AUGGCGGAUAUCAAGAUGACUUUAGGUGAGGGAAGAUGCUCUCAGGAACGGAAGAGUGAUGACUUCGCCGCUGUUUACAACUUGAGCAACAACUCGAUCCUAGAACUCACAGGACAACACAGUUUACUCAAAAAACUGAAGUUGGAAAACAACAUCGGAAACUUGGCCUUAACAGCGUCCUCCGUAUCAGGGACGAGCACGUGCUCCUUGACUCCAACCCGACGGAGACACCGAACGACGUUUACCCAGGAUCAGUUACAAGAACUAGAAGCGGCGUUCUCCAGAAGUCACUACCCAGACAUUUACUGCCGUGAAGAACUGGCUCGUAUCACGAAGUUGAACGAAGCAAGAAUACAG